UUGUACCGCGAUUCGAGUUUGCUCGCGAUCAAGCGCAAGUACUUAUUUAACCGGAAAUAAUGCAGAUUUUACGUAUCGUCCUAAAAGUCACGCGAACGACGGCGCGGGAAUACCGGAAAAAGGCGCAACACGAAGCAACGUCAGUGAUGCCAAAGCAGGCGGGCGGUGGCGCACUGUGAAAGGUUAAAAAUACAUAUUCGAUGCUCCUAAUUCAAUGACCGGCCGGCGUACGACGAUUUAUGUAGUAGUGCUUCGUUAAUUGGCCGUGUGUCGCCGCUUUAUCUGGCCAAUUAUCGAGGGUGCUAUCGGUGGGGAUACGGACGGCCAACAAUGGAGACAAAAUCAUGGCCAGUAAACGCGACACUGGUGCACACAUGAACGGCACGGCGUUCGCUUCCAUCGGAGAGGACAGUCGUUGCAUUGAGCAACUCGCUGGCGAGCAGAGCGGAGGAACGCUUGAGCAGAGAGCGAACGGUUUAGUGUAUGGGUUGGUGGCGGCUGUUUGCCGAUUCGUUGACUUGCCGGCACAGUCGGUCGGCUCGGGUCGAAGGCUGCUGCUCUCUCAGUCCGUCUCGCGACCGCGUGCCAAAGGGAUGUCGUUUCUCCACUUCCCUCCGACAUCUCGGCUAACUCAUCUGAAAUAACCGAUCCAUGUAUUUUUUGCCCUUUCUCGCCGAUCGGUUUAUCUUCUGAGAGAUCUCCGACGCGCCAAAUAAAUCGGUGGCGCGCACGCGAGACAUGUGACGUGCGUUGGACGAGUCGAUAUUAAGAGAUAGUAUUUGUAAGGACGAUUUUGUGAUUGUGUAAAAUUCCAUGGACCAGUGACAACGAGAGGAACAUCCAUCGUUGAUUCUGUGACUGUUCGCUGGUAAAGUCGAACGAUUUGAUGCGACGAGAUGGGUAGCGAGGCGGACGCGGAGACCACGACUGCCAACGCCGUGGAUUCGGAUGGAUCCGUUAGCUGGGAGGACUUUUUCGGGACAAGCACGGAUCUGGUGCCCCAGCUGCUGGGGAUGUUCGACGAGCUAGCUCGCCGGGGCAAUGGCUACACCGAGCACGUGGUACUUCCGUCUGCCUGCAACAUACCGGCGGUGCUGCAAAAACGUUUGAGCCUGGUGUCCCAUCGGGGCUCCAUAUUCGGCCAGUUCCACCCCGAGUUGUCCAAAUCGCAGCCGGAUGACGCCAUGGCCGAGCACCCGACUUUGGAGAACACGGUGGACAUAGUGGUGGCCGACGGGAAGGAGAACGACGCCGGAGAAACGGCGGAGAACGGUCAACAGGGGCACAGAAACGAGUGUACGAUAGAGGGGAAGCCGUACAGACGCGAAAGCAACGGUCUCACGCCGUUCAGGUACAACAGACGAUGCAGAAACGCUGGGAGGCCGCUGUCUGGAAGCUCGGUCGCGUCCUCUGGAAGUUCGAGCACCUCAUCCAGCGGGUGCAGCAAUCAGGGGAACCCGUGCACCAUUAAUCCUUAUUUGGCAUCGGUCGAGUCGCUGGCGGACACUUGCGCCAGCUCGCAAGGUUCUGGAGACAGUGGAGUGGUGACAGUGUCGGAGACCAACUGUCGAAUAGGAGACGAUGGCAGCGAUCAAAGAAGAAACAGUACAGAGGAAGAUCCGCUCAAUUCUCUGUGCUUCAGGCCGCGUUACUGCGACCCCCAUAGGAACCCUAUGGAAAGGGUGCUCCUUGAAAUUGUCGACACCGAGGCGAUAUACGUGGAACAUCUGCGACAGGUCAUCCAAGGUUACCUUAUAUUUUGGAGGAACGAUCCGGCGUCGUUUGUGGAUCAAAUGCAGCUGAGUAACUUAUUUAGUAAUAUUGAAGAUAUCUUCGAAUUCAACAGAGAGUUCCUGAAAGAGAUAGAGGAAUGUGGUCUGGAUCCAAUCUGCGUGGCAAACACAUUCAUAAAGCACAAGUCGGGAUUCAAAGUGUAUACAGAGUACUGCACCAAUUAUCCAAGCACAGUUUCCGUUCUGACCGACCUCAUGAGUCAAGAAAAGACUGCGCACGCGUUCCGCGAGAGGCAAGCAGCUUUAGGCCACGCGCUACCUCUUGGAUCCUUUCUUUUGAAACCUGUCCAAAGGAUCCUCAAGUACCACUUACUUCUGGAGAACUUGUCAAAGGAGUACGCGGCGGAUUGCGAAGUAAGAGAAAAUGAGACUGAAGGUAGCAAGGCGAUCGAGGCGGCGCUGGCUGCCAUGACUGAUAUUGCCAAGCACAUAAACGCGAUGAAACGAAGGCACGAGCACGCGGUGCGUGUUCAAGAGAUCCAGUCCCUUUUGUACGGUUGGCCUGGCCCAGACUUAACCACCAGCGGGGAGCUGGUUGCCGAGGGAAGAUUCCGAAUGCGAGGCGCCAAGGCUCCCAGGCACGCUUUCUUAUUCGAUCGCAUGAUUCUGCUCACCAAGAAGAAGGAAGACGGGCUUCUAGUCUACAAAGCUCACAUUAUGUGUUCGAAUUUAAUGCUCAUUGAAAGCAUACCAGGCGAACCCCUCAGUUUCCACGUGAUUCCUUUCGAUAAUCCUAGACUGCAGUAUACUCUCCAGGCACGAAACUUGGAGCAGAAGAGAGAAUGGACUUUGCAAAUAAAGAGAGUGAUUUUGGAGAACUAUAACGCGGUCAUACCGUCUCACGCGAGGCAGUUGGUUUUGCAACUUGGACAAACGCAGUCGGAGGAUGACACUUUGGCAGAUAAAGGGUCGCUGAAGAAACAGUACUCCUCGCCUCCGGAGUACUUGGAGAAACGAAAACAGGAGAAAGAGAGGCGAAGGUCCGAGACAGGACUUAGACAGAAGUUUAAAAAAGGUGGCAGAAGGUCUGAGACGACAACUGAGUAUUCUCCAGCAUCGCCACGGAAAAAUCAAGCCGAGGAUUCCGGCAUGAACGACUCCAGAGAACACGGAUUUAAAUCUUCAGACGGACGCGGAUCAAAAGUGAAGGAUCGCUUUACCGGUUGGAGGAGGAAAUCCGAACCAGGUUUUCAAUCCUACGUGUGCCUUAACCAGUCCGACGAGGAACAAAAGGAGGACACGAUCGAUACGGGAUCAGCCACGAUCGAGACCGAGUGCGCGAUUAUCGAGACGAUCAGCGACAAGCACGCGAGCUCUUCGCCGCCUGAAACCAAAGAGAACAACGAACAGCAGACCCAGGCGCAAACGGUCGAAGAAAUAGUUGGCCACAUUCUCAUGCAGAACCAGGAGUUCCAGAAACUGCUGGAGAAGCAACGAACGAACAGUAUAAUCAACGUCAGGCAGCAGCAACGUUUCAACAAACGCGUGCCCGCCGACACAUCUGACGACAGCGACUCGGAGAACACGAACUACAUCGCGGACAAUUCGGUGAACAACAGGAUAUCGCGUAUUAGAUCGGCCCAUCGCGAACGAUUCGUCAAAACGAACAACACUUGGAACUCGUUGUCAUCCUCGCGUGAUCAUCAGCAGCCUGCUCUGCAGCUGCUCUACGAUAAUUUGAGCAAAACCGAGAACAACAAGUCGGCGGACAACAACAGCAAUUCGAAGAACAAGAUCAACAUCGUGCAGGAGAAGAAAGCGUUGUUCGAAACGUUCAAGAAACAGAGCAUCGUGACCGAGAGCAAGGUUAUCAAGACCGCGCUCAGGAUAAGAGAGAACUCGUCGUCGAGAAACGAGGAGACACAGGCUUCGGAUCGGAUCACGAAGGCAACUGAUGAAAUCCAGAUCGUGGAAAACGACAGAGGGAGAAACGACGAGUGCGAAACGACUGGCGUUAAUCAGGAAGCGACAGAGUCGAGCAAAGGUUUCGGGAACUAUGACAACCUGCAGCACGUGUGGGAAGGUUGUCUGCAGGAGGAGAGGAGCUUGGACGGGAACGACAGCCCGACUCGUCCAGCGGUCUGGCUGACGAAACUGUGCGAGGGCCUGCCGACGUCGCCACAAAAGUGCGGUUCGCUCCCGCGUAGCUUCCAAAUCCAUCCAAACUCUAACCAGAACGUAACGAAGUCGCGGUUCUUGCAGAGGGAUGGCAAACCGAUGAGCGAGAGGCCGUUCACCAUAGCCUCCGACAAGCCGGCGGAGAUCAAUCUGGAGGACAUGGAAAGGUACGCGUCCACGUGCCAGCCAGAGGGAAGAAUCGCCAAGUUCCCGACCUCCGUUUCAACGUCCACGUCCACGUUCUUCUGCUCGUUGGACGACACACUGACCGACGCUUACUCGGAGAUUCACAUGUCGUCCACGACCGCGAACAUCCAUCCCGAUCACAAGAUCUACAGGGCAACGAACGCCACCAGCGGCAGCACGAUAUUCAAGAACGUGCUCUCCAAGGCUGGCAAUCGUCUUCAGGGCCUGAGGAACACCAUGAGCACCGAGACUCUGGAGUGUAGCGAGGAGCUGGAGAGAACCAAGUACUUUCGUUCCCUGAGCGCAGGUAAGUUGAAGAAGAAGGGCAAGACGAAGCAUCCGAGGGAGUCGUCGUCGGACGUGGAAGAGCUGGUGGGAUGCACGGCCAGAGGGGGCAGUUCGGACGUGAGAGUACCCUCGCUGUACUACAAACAGGGGAGCUCGAGUUUAGGUGCUCGCAUCGCUCAGUCCGACUACGCGGACCCGACCGUCUUGUUCUUCGAGAGCAGACGGCACAGCCAGCAAACGCAACAAGCGAAGAAGGAGAAGAGGAACGACGACGACGAGGAGGAAGAGGAGGAGGAGGAGGAGGAGGAAGAGAGCACGGAGAACCGAGAGAGCGAGACGGACAGUUUCUACGAAAGAUCGUUCGAGACGAUUGAGAACUACGUGGACGUGGACGUUGACGACGCGUUCCGGGACAGUGCAAUAUUCAGCGACGUCGAGGAGGUCCUGGUGGUCAGGCCGCAGUCGAGCCAGCCGUCCGAGGACUCGCCACUGUUCAAGAACAAGGUGGCGCCGCCAGUGCCGGCGAAGAAGAGAGCAGAGUCGAUCGCGACGAUCAGUAGUCACAGCUCGGGGCGUGGCGUUGCAACGACGAGACGUUGCAAACCCAGCGUCGCUCAGAAACCCGACUACCUGAAGGUCAAGUCGGUUUUCUUGAAGGGCCAGCGGGAUGAACAACUGGACUGUAAAGUCUCGUCGAGGUCUCUCGCGUCCUGCGAAAAUGGAACGUAUCGUUCCACCGAGAGCAACAGCGGCGAAGAGAAAGACGACGUGUCGGCGGGACAGAGUCAAGCGGGUUGGGUGAGGAAGAUAGUUGGCCAGUUGCAGGGCCACGUCGAAACGUAAUUUAUGCCAAUGAAAAGUGUACAAAUCCUCGUAACCUUGAACGCAGGAAUAUCACGUUUGUCAACGUUUUCUUUUUUAUAUUUUAAUCUAGGUAUCCUUUCCUUACCUUCGCGAGUUGACGGAACAAAAAAGAAAAAAAGAAAAAAAAAAAAGAUGAAAGUGUGUUUUGUAAAAAAUUUGAACGCGCGGUCUGCAGAUCGAUUGUACUCGUAUGGAGCUUGUUCUCGGGUAUGAUGUAUCUGUCGAGUACAAUUAUAUUUGAGAUUAUAUAUCUUGCUAGCGAGAAAGAGCGAGAGAGAUUAAUAGAACUAAGGGCGUUGGUUCGGACACAAAAUUGAAAUGCUUCGAUUGAAGAAAGAAAAAAAAUACAACGCGUACGUAACGAAUCAUUUUGGUUGAAAGUUUUUCAUUCUGUUUUUUGUAACAUUAAUGUCAAUGUUUGCUCGAAACUGUAGAGAACAAAGAAUAUUAUUCUUAUGCACGUGUUACGUUGUUUAAUUCUAUUUGUGCCUUGCGUCAAUCUCCGAUCUGUGCAAGCACAAAGUUGUCAGCGUGUUGUGUGCAACAAAUUGAAACGAAUAUUACUGCCGAACAAUUCGUCUUGUCGUGUAAACUAGCGGUGAAACUGUUGUAAGUGAUGUACUUUCUCAAAUAUCGUAUGUCGUAUUUAAUCCGUGUCAUGUAUAAAUUUAAAGGAAUAAUACAGGGUAAUCGAGGAUUGCUCUUUUGGAGAUCGUUUCUUGUGUCGUUCGGUGAUUGAAAUGUUUAAAUAAGAUUUAGUCGCUCGACGAGACACUCGGCCGCGGUGUAAAUAAAUAAAUUGUUACGACGAACGCGAAUUGGGUUGAUAUUGAAAAUUUUAUGACCACCCUGUAUUGUUGCGAGGAGAAGUAACAGUUUUUUCACAUUUUAACGUGUCGUUAGUCGGAUUAUUGUUGAUCGACUGAUUAUUUUAACCGUCGGUGUUAAACGACAUUGGAAUUAACUCGUUAGGAUUCGAAAAUCAUUUUAUUUCAGUUUAUUUUUCAAGAAUGAAAGGAGAAACGUUACGUUUUGUUUUCUUUUUUUAUUUAAGUAUUUUUUCUUUUUUAUUUAAGUAUUAUCGUAGAACCUAACGAGUUAAGCAUCAAGUUCAACAAGAACAAGAUGAGAGAAAGAGCGUACGGUAUGUUUAAGACUAGACAAUAAUGGACCCAUGAUGCAAAUGAGAUUACGAUUUAUAUUUGCAGUCACAUACACACACACACACACACACACAUACACUGUGCAGAAGAUUUAGUAUCCUUGCAAUAAAUCGACUUGAUUAUUGUCAACCAGCGUCGCCUUUUAUUGAUCAUUGUCACAUCGUGCAACAAGGAUGCAAAGAUAAUAGGAUGUCCAGGUUCAGGUGAACUCGAUUAUCUCGUCACGUAUAUACUUAUAUACUUCAGGUAGAUUUUAUUACGAGAAAUGUUUAUUUACAAGAGGUUUCGGCUAGUCACUGUUUACAGAUACAAGGGUAAAUGAUACGCAACGUUCAUAAAUUAGUUUCGCAAAUAUACUGUAUACAAAAAAGAAAGAAAGGAAGAAAGCAAGAAAGAAGAGGAAAAGAAGAGAAAGCAACGAUUCUAAAGUAACGUGAACGAAGCUGAGCGAAAACUUAGGGGAGAAGAAAAAGAAGAAAGGAAACGAUCGUUCAUUAUACACAUUAUGUACAACUGGUAGUAACUAUAUAAUACACUUAAUCGUUCGCUAUUAUAUAUCCUCGAGUCAGAGCCCUUUCCCCAUCGGAAAGGAUCUUCUUUCUUUCGAAUCUCUCCGUGAAUAUAAAUAUAAAGAAUAAAUUAAGAUUUAUCGUUAUUUCGUUUACAGAGUCUUCUCCGGCGAUCGGCACGUCGCAGAAAACGCGUUUCACCUAACGAAAAGAAUCAUCUUGUAACAACGACACGAGACGAGGAAGUGUUUUCUUUUUUUUCUUAGUGCAUUUCAUUCGAUUACAAGAUUACAUCAUCGUACGCAUUCUAAUCGCUCGAAAUCAACGCUGCCCUUGAGAUUAGACUUUCACUGCUAAAAAAUUUCUCCUUGUCGCUGUCUGAUGGUGUGCAGCGAAGAACAACACGGACAGCAAGGACGCUUCGUUCAAGGACAACACCGAUUUGA